GCGGCCGAGGAGGAGAACAUGGCGGCCGCGGAGAGCGGCUGAAAUGCCUGUUCUUCAGGCUGGGCGAGCGGGAGUCUGACGCGAUCUGCUGAGCUCUGUCCUCCGACGGCUGCACCGCGGCCUUGAGCGCCUCGGCCUCCUGUUCCUUGCUGCUCCCUCGAGCCAAGCCUGCGUCAGGUUCCUUCUGCAUCCCCCUGCGGGGGGACCCCUGCUCCGGAGGAGGGGGCCGGAGAGCCGCGGCGGCGGCGGCGGCGGGCGCCUGGGCCCAGGGGGCCGGGCUCCGGGCCCGAGGAGCGGCUGAGGCCGCGGCGGCACCGCCGCCACGGUCGCGGACGAGUGCGGCGCCGGUGAGCGCGGCCCAGAGGCGGCGGCGGCAGAUCUAUGCAUACUAAUGGAAACGUAACUGGAACUGACUCUGAUGAUAAAAUCAAGGACCAUCAAGCAAGAUCAUGCAGUAGGCAACUUUGCUUCCACAUGAAGAUUCCAAUUACAGCUACAUCAGAGAAUGAGUUAAUCUCCUCAGAAAUCACUAAAUACUACUCUGAGGGGCUUAGAAAUUAACAGGUUGUUUAUAUAAUUGGCCUUAAAUGAGGUGAGAGUGAAGAGACUAGAGCCAUCUCUGGAAAACAUCAUUAUCCCAUUCCCCAGGAAGCUACCCUCUGGAACACGAGAUUUGACCAUAUCUGUUUUGAGGAUUCAUUAUGAACAAAGAAGUCUCCCAGGUGUGAAGUUUUUCAACAUGAGUGGCCUCGGGGACAGUUCAUCCGACCCUGCUAACCCAGACUCACAUAAGAGGAAAGGAUCGCCAUGUGACACACUGGCAUCAAGCACUGAAAAGAGGCGCAGGGAGCAAGAAAAUAAAUAUUUAGAAGAACUAGCUGAGUUACUGUCUGCCAACAUUAGUGACAUUGACAGCUUGAGUGUAAAACCAGACAAAUGCAAGAUUUUGAAGAAAACAGUCGAUCAGAUACAGCUAAUGAAGAGAAUGGAACAAGAGAAAUCAACAACUGAUGACGAUGUACAGAAAUCAGACAUCUCAUCAAGUAGUCAAGGAGUGAUAGAAAAGGAAUCCUUGGGACCUCUUCUUUUGGAGGCUUUGGAUGGAUUUUUCUUUGUUGUGAACUGUGAAGGGAGAAUUGUAUUUGUGUCAGAGAAUGUAACCAGCUACUUAGGUUACAAUCAGGAGGAAUUAAUGAAUACCAGCGUCUACAGCAUACUGCACGUGGGGGAUCAUGCAGAAUUUGUGAAGAAUCUGCUACCAAAAUCACUAGUAAAUGGAGUUCCUUGGCCUCAAGAGGCAACACGACGAAACAGCCAUACCUUUAACUGCAGGAUGCUAAUUCACCCUCCAGAUGAGCCAGGAACCGAGAACCAAGAAGCUUGCCAGCGUUAUGAAGUAAUGCAGUGUUUCACUGUGUCACAGCCAAAAUCAAUUCAAGAGGAUGGAGAAGAUUUCCAGUCAUGUCUGAUUUGUAUUGCACGGCGAUUACCUCGGCCUCCAGCUAUUACGGGUGUAGAAUCCUUUAUGACCAAGCAAGAUACUACAGGUAAAAUCAUCUCUAUUGAUACUAGUUCCCUGAGAGCUGCUGGCAGAACUGGUUGGGAAGAUUUAGUGAGGAAGUGCAUUUACGCUUUUUUCCAACCUCAGGGCAGAGAGCCAUCUUAUGCCAGACAGCUGUUCCAAGAAGUGAUGACUCGUGGCACUGCCUCCAGCCCCUCCUAUAGAUUCAUAUUGAAUGAUGGGACAAUGCUUAGCGCCCACACCAAGUGUAAACUUUGCUACCCUCAAAGUCCAGACAUGCAGCCUUUCAUCAUGGGAAUUCAUAUCAUCGACAGGGAGCACAGUGGGCUUUCUCCUCAAGAUGACACUAAUUCUGGAAUGUCAAUUCCCCGAGUAAACCCCUCGGUCAAUCCUAGUAUCUCUCCAGCUCAUGGUGUGGCUCGUUCAUCCACAUUGCCACCAUCCAACAGCAACAUGGUAUCCACCAGAAUAAACCGCCAGCAGAGCUCAGACCUUCAUAGCGGCAGUCAUAGUAAUUCUAGCAACAGCCAAGGAAGUUUCGGAUGCUCACCUGGAAGUCAGAUUGUAGCCAAUGUUGCCUUAAACCAAGGACAGGCCAGUUCACAGAGCAGUAAUCCCUCUUUAAACCUCAAUAAUUCUCCUAUGGAAGGUACAGGAAUAUCCCUAGCACAGUUCAUGUCUCCAAGGAGACAGGUUACUUCUGGAUUGACAACAAGGCCCAGAAUGCCAAACAAUUCCUUUCCUCCUAAUAUUUCGACAUUAAGCUCUCCUGUUGGCAUGACAAGUAGUGCCUGUAAUAAUAAUACUAACCGAUCUUAUUCAAACAUCCCAGUAACAUCUUUACAGGGUAUGAAUGAAGGACCCAAUAACUCCGUUGGCUUCUCUGCCAAUUCUCCAGUCCUCAGGCAGAUGAGCUCACAGAAUUCACCUAGCAGAUUAAAUAUACAACCAGCAAAAGCUGAGUCCAAAGAUAACAAAGAGAUUGCAUCCAUUUUAAAUGAAAUGAUUCAAUCUGACAACAGCUCUAGUGAUGGCAAACCUCUGGAUUCAGGGCUUCUGCAUAACAAUGACAGACUUUCAGAUGGAGACAGUAAAUACUCUCAAACCAGUCACAAACUAGUGCAGCUUUUGACGACAACUGCCGAACAGCAGUUACGGCAUGCUGAUAUAGACACAAGCUGCAAAGAUGUCCUGUCUUGCACAGGCACUUCCAACUCUGCCUCUGCUAACUCUUCAGGAGGUUCUUGUCCCUCCUCUCAUAGCUCACUGACAGAGCGGCAUAAAAUUCUGCACCGGCUCUUACAGGAGGGUAGCCCCUCAGAUAUCACCACUUUGUCUGUCGAGCCUGAUAAAAAGGACAGUGCAUCUACUUCUGUGUCAGUGACUGGACAGGUACAAGGAAACUCCAGUAUAAAACUAGAGCUGGAUGCUUCAAAGAAAAAAGAAUCAAAAGACCAUCAGCUCCUACGCUAUCUUUUAGAUAAAGAUGAGAAAGAUUUAAGAUCAACUCCAAACCUAAGCCUGGAUGAUGUAAAGGUGAAAGUGGAAAAGAAAGAACAGAUGGAUCCUUGUAAUACAAACCCAACCCCAAUGACCAAACCCACUCCUGAGGAAAUAAAACUGGAGGCCCAGAGCCAGUUUACAGCUGACCUUGACCAGUUUGAUCAGUUACUGCCCACGCUGGAGAAGGCAGCACAGUUGCCAGGCUUAUGUGAGACAGACAGAAUGGAUGGUGCGGUCACCAGCGUAACCAUCAAAUCGGAGAUCCUGCCAGCUUCACAUCAGUCCGCCACUGCCAGACCCACUUCCAGGCUAAAUAGAUUACCUGAGCUGGAAUUGGAAGCAAUUGAUAACCAAUUUGGACAACCAGGAACAGGCGAUCAGAUUCCAUGGACAAAUAAUACAGUGACAGCUAUAAAUCAGAAUAAAUCAGAAGACCAGUGUAUUAGCUCACAAUUAGAUGAGCUUCUCUGUCCACCCACAACAGUAGAAGGGAGAAAUGAUGAGAAGGCUCUUCUUGAACAGCUGGUAUCCUUCCUUAGUGGCAAAGAUGAAACUGAGCUAGCUGAACUAGACAGAGCUCUGGGAAUUGACAAACUUGUUCAGGGGGGCGGAUUAGAUGUAUUAUCAGAGAGAUUUCCACCACAACAAGCAACACCACCUUUGAUGAUGGAAGAAAGACCCAACCUUUAUUCCCAGCCUUACUCUUCUCCUUCUCCUACUGCCAAUCUCCCUAGCCCUUUCCAAGGCAUGGUCAGGCAAAAACCUUCACUGGGGACGAUGCCUGUUCAAGUAACACCUCCCCGAGGUGCUUUUUCACCUGGCAUGGGCAUGCAGCCCAGGCAAACUCUAAACAGACCUCCGGCUGCACCUAACCAGCUUCGACUUCAACUACAACAGCGAUUACAGGGACAACAGCAGUUGAUACACCAAAAUCGGCAAGCUAUCUUAAACCAGUUUGCAGCAACUGCUCCUGUUGGCAUCAAUAUGAGAUCAGGCAUGCAACAGCAAAUUACACCUCAGCCACCCCUGAAUGCUCAAAUGUUGGCACAACGUCAGCGGGAAUUGUACAGUCAGCAGCACCGACAGAGGCAGCUAAUACAGCAGCAAAGAGCCAUGCUUAUGAGGCAACAAAGCUUUGGGAACAACCUCCCUCCCUCAUCUGGACUACCAGUUCAAAUGGGGAACCCCCGUCUUCCUCAGGGUGCUCCACAGCAAUUCCCCUAUCCACCAAACUAUGGUACAAAUCCAGGAACCCCACCUGCUUCUACCAGCCCGUUUUCACAACUAGCAGCAAAUCCUGAAGCAUCCUUGGCCAACCGCAACAGCAUGGUGAGCAGAGGCAUGACAGGAAACAUGGGAGGACAGUUUGGCACUGGAAUCAAUCCUCAGAUACAGCAGAAUGUCUUCCAGUAUCCAGGAGCAGGAAUGGUUCCCCAAGGUGAGGCCAGCUUUGCUCCAUCUCUAAGCCCUGGGAGCUCCAUGGUGCCGAUGCCAAUCCCUCCUCCUCAGAGCUCUCUGCUCCAGCAAACUCCGCCUGCCUCCGGGUAUCAGUCACCAGACAUGAAGGCCUGGCAGCAAGGAGCAAUAGGAAACAAUGUGUUCAGUCAAGCUGUCCAGAACCAGCCCACACCUGCACAGCCAGGAGUAUACAACAACAUGAGCAUCACCGUUUCCAUGGCAGGUGGAAAUACGAAUGUUCAGAACAUGAACCCAAUGAUGGCCCAGAUGCAGAUGAGCUCUUUGCAGAUGCCAGGAAUGAACACUGUGUGCCCUGAGCAGAUAAACGAUCCCGCACUGAGACACACAGGCCUCUACUGCAACCAGCUCUCAUCUACUGACCUUCUCAAAACAGAAGCAGAUGGAACCCAGGACAAGAAGACAGAAGAGUUCUUCUCUGUGGUGACUACAGACUAGAGGAAUGCUCUACAGGUGCAACAGGUUCAGGUGUUUGCUGACGUCCAGUGUACAGUGAAUCUGGUAGGCGGGGACCCUUACCUGAACCAGCCUGGUCCACUGGGAACUCAAAAGCCCACGUCAGGACCACAGACCCCCCAGGCCCAGCAGAAGAGCCUCCUUCAGCAGCUACUGACUGAAUAACCACUUUUAAAGGAAUGUGAAAUUUAAAUAAUAGACAUACAGAGAUAUACAAAUAUAUUAUAUAUUUUUCUGAGAUUUUUGAUAUCUCAAUCUGCAGCCAUUCUUCAGGUCGUAGCAUUUGGAGCAAAAAAAAAAAAAAAACAAAAAAAAAAAACAGGAGUUUGCUUUUGUCGGGAGAUUGAAAGAUGUUUUUGUUUCUUUCUUUGUAAAGGCCUUGGAUAUUGAAAAAAUACCAAGGCAGAACAGUUGGACAAUCUAUUUCUUGAGCCAAAUUUAAUUAUUCUUAUUUUUAUAAUCAGUCAUUGGCUUCUUAUCUGGAUGAAGGCUUUUGGAGGAGAACCAAAACGACAAGUUCCAAGAAGAAGAUGAAGCUCCGCCUCCGCCGCUCAGUCCCAGCCCUGCCCAGGAAGAAGGGCCUGUGGGGCUUUGCCUGUGCCCGUCCACCAAAGGCUGUCACGUGUCUCGAAAUCAGCAGCCCUCCCCAUCCCAAUCCCAGGCAGCUUGUGUGUACAAUCAGCUUCUCUAGCAACUCUGUAUCUGUUGGCUUCAAGAGAGUAUUUUGCCUCCACAUAUGUACCCCUUCUCCUUUUUUUAAAGAUGGAUUUAAACCAAGAUGCCUCCAGGAAAGAGGGCGAAAUUAGUAUAUUCACAGAGGAAUCCAAAAAAUACAGUUUGGGGGAAAAUGCAAUAAUUUUUGAUGAGAUGGGUGAAGGACAAGAAGUGAAUUCUGUCAAUUAUUGUAGAUACAAUAUUCUGAUUAAAUCUGGAAAAUAAAAGGCAGCCUGUUUUUUCUGCUUUUAUUGUAUUAACAGCUGAGGUAGGCUAAAGUUAUUUAAAAUAAAAUUAAAUUUAUGAUCCAAGUAGCUUAUUUUUCCCUUUAAAUCUCAUUGUAAAUAUAUUUGAUUUCUUGUAGAAAUUGAUUUCCUUCUGUUUAAUUUUAUGCUUUUAUUAUACUCUUGAUUUUUCUAAAUUUGUGUGUGAAAUAUAACAUUGAUUGAAUUGCAGUUACAUUUGGUUAGUAAUAUUUCAUUAUUUUAAUAACUGUGAUGCCAUGUAUGGAUUUACUUUGGGGUUCAAAUCAAAAUGUCACUGCCAGAAAGAGCUGUUCCAGCUGAUCUAGAGCAUACUGCCCUAGAGUGUCCCUGGGAUCAUCUGAACAGAAGUGCACAGGCUACUUGUACAGAGAAAAAAUUAAUACUCAAAGGAAAUCUUCAUUUUUUAGAUUGACUUUGGGAAUUUGAAUUUUCAUCAGUGCAAAUAUAAAUUUCUCUAUCCUGCUCUGAGGCUAAUUGGUACCAUAUUUUCCCUUUGUGUCUUGUCACUCUGCCACAUCCCAUCUCAUCCUGGCCUCUGAGUCAAGAACCCACUGAACUGACUUUCUAGUUCUAGAAGUUCCGCUGCAAAGCCAGGAAAGCUUGAGAAAGGUAUUGUGGAAGAAGCAAAGGUAGACCCCCAUCACUGACCUUUGUCUGCAUUCCUGGGCCUGUGAAUGAUGACAGCACCUGACAUUCUGCACCAGCUACCUCUGCCUCCAUGGCAGAGAAAAGGCCAUAAGAACAGUGGAAGAGGAGCAUGGACUCAGACUUCAAGGAAGAAGCCAUUUCCCCAGGUCCUUCCUUCUGCAUCUCACCACCCCUAGUUACAAAUAACUCCACUGAACAGCAUCUAUUCAGAAACUAUAUCGAAUAAAAAGAUUGGUGGAAGGGCUCAUGUGGUUAGCAACUAUGAAACAGAAAUAGGACACUCAGUUACAAACAUUAUCUCCUUUAGUUUUUCAGAAAAUGCAUCCCUGAUUUCAUUCAUUUCCAGCUUGAAAGCCAGCCAUAUUAUCUAGUCCCUACCAAACUGCUCUAGGAGGUCAUUUCCAUUUUGUUGGUGAUAUUUAGACGCGCAGACUGCAGGAAGUUCACCUUUAACUUCAGCAUUCCAGAUGAAGUUUCCUGACUCAGUGCUUUUGCAUAAGGAACUAGAAAAAAAAAGUGGUAAGGAAAAUUGGAGAUGCUAACAUCCUCCCCCAUCCCAACUGCACCUUAAAAUAUGCAUGUCACCUUCAAGGUUUUAUAAUUGCACUGUUUGUUUUAUGUAUGUACAGAUUAAAAUUAUUGCUACAUUUGAGGAAAAUAAAAUUGCUUGCUUCUAUGUAAUUCCUGUCAUUCCACAGGAAAUUCACUUUUCCAGCUACUGAAUAGAAUUUGUUUAACAACCUCA